UGCUACGGUGUAGGUGGACGAUGUAACCGCAGCGAGCGCAGUAAUUAAAGCAGCGACUGAUUAAACGCGUGGGCGCGAUGAUACGCGCUCGCGACGCCCAGCAUCCUCGAGGACGCGACUCUGAAUGAAUGGGAACGCGCCGCGGUCUAUUUUUAUCCCGCGCGCCGGUUGCAGGUGCACAGGUCAGAGCGGGGCGGAAGUGACGUGGGCGCUCACGAGACUCGCGUUAAACCGUCGGGAUUAGAUCGGAGGACGGUCCAGCGGAGCUCCGCCGAGACAAACGGUGAAGAGAAAAGGAGAUACUUCGGUCGGCGGUAGAAGCAUCUUGGGAAAUGAGCUUCAACUUCACUGGAGGUACAAACCGUGUGUCAUAAACCCCGACAGAGUUCAUCUGUAAAGCCUGGCUGCUCAUUUCCUGUCGGGUGAGGAGGGCGUCUGCCCAUGCACACGCACGGCACCAUGGGAAGCUCCCCGGAGGUGCUGUCUUGGACGUCCUGUCCCAGCCUGCUGGUGGGGAAGCUCAAGGAGGAGCUGAAGCUCACGGUCGUCGGCGACACCAUGAAGAAAACCAACAGCAACAUUUCCCCCCAAGCGCUGCUUCCCCCGGCCCCGCCUCCGCCGCAGAUCAUCGCCGACCUGGCCCCGCCCACCACCCUUCCCGUGCCGCUGCAGCAGCAGCUUCAGCUUCCCUGCAGGGACGACGAGCCGGGCGGCACCAGCCCGCCGUGCACCGCCCUCAGCGAGGACUCCACGCGGGAGCAGGGCCACUUCGAAAACAGCGUCCUCCAGCUGCAGGAGCACGAGGAGGCCGAGACGCCGGGGUCCUGCGGGCAAGGAGGCUGCGGGAGCGGCGGGGAGGAGAAGAACGAGGAGGGCGGGUGUCCGGUGGACCACAACGGGGAGGACGACUCGCAGCACCACCCGCACGACGACAUCAAACUGCACUUUCACCGAGCCGGGACGGGCAGCGGAGGCUUCCUGGAGGGGCUGUUCGGGUGUUUGAGACCCGUGUGGAAUAUUAUCGGCAAAACGUACUCGACAGAGUACAAGCUUCAGCAGCAAGUAGACAUGUGGGAGGUGCCGUUCGAGGAGAUCUCUGAGCUGCAGUGGCUGGGCAGCGGAGCUCAGGGCGCCGUGUUCCUCGGGAAGUUCCGCUCCGAGGAGGUGGCCAUCAAGAAGGUCCGCGAGCAGAAGGAGACGGACAUCAAACACCUGCGCAAGCUGAAGCACCCCAACAUCAUCAGCUUCAAGGGCGUUUGCACGCAGGCCCCGUGUUACUGCAUCAUCAUGGAGUACUGUGCUCAAGGGCAGCUGUACGAAGUUCUCAGGGCCGGCCGUAAGAUCACGCCUCGGCUGCUGGUGGACUGGGCCUCAGGGAUCGCCAGCGGCAUGAACUACCUGCACCUCCACAAGAUCAUCCACAGAGACCUCAAGUCACCAAAUGUGCUAGUCACUCAAAAUGACAACGUAAAGAUCUCAGACUUUGGAACAUCUAAAGAGCUCAGUGACAAGAGCACCAAGAUGUCGUUUGCAGGUACGGUGGCCUGGAUGGCUCCCGAAGUGAUCCGGAAUGAGCCGGUGUCGGAGAAAGUGGACAUCUGGUCGUUCGGGGUGGUUUUGUGGGAGCUGCUGACCGGUGAGAUCCCCUAUAAAGACGUGGACUCGUCUGCUAUUAUCUGGGGUGUGGGCAGUAACAGCCUCCACCUGCCCGUGCCCUCCACCUGUCCCGACGGCUUCAAGAUCCUCAUGAAACAGACCUGGCAAGGUAAACCCAGAAACCGUCCGUCCUUCAGACAGAUCCUUCUUCAUCUGGAUAUCGCCUCGGCCGAUGUGCUCGGGACGCCGCAGGAGACCUACUUCAAAUCUCAGGCGGAGUGGAGAGAGGAAGUGAAGAAGCAUUUCGAGAAGAUCAAGAGCGAAGGCACCUGCAUCCAUCGACUGGACGAAGAGCUGAUUCGCCGCCGGAGAGACGAGCUCAGACACGCUCUGGAUAUCCGAGAGCAUUACGAGAGGAAACUGGAGCGAGCUAAUAACCUGUACAUGGAGCUGAGCGCCAUCAUGCUGCAGCUGGAGGUGCGAGAGAAAGAGCUGCUCAAGAGGGAGCAGGCCGUGGAGAAGAAGUAUCCCGGCACGUACAAACGCCACCUGGUUCGGCCCAUCGUUCGGCCCAACGCCGUCGAGAAGCUCAUUAAGAAAAAGAGCAGCAUGAACCAUAAGCCUGGGACACAGCAGCCAAAGAGGCCGGAUCUGCUGCGCUCCGACGGCAUUCCCAGCGUCGAGCCUCUUCCGGCUCCGUCCCCGCUGUCAGGGAGCCCGAAAGUGUCCACCCCGCCUGGGAAGACCCGGUACCGCAGCAAACCCCGCCACCGGAGGGCCAACAGCAAAGGCAGUCACAACGAGUUCCCAGGGGCCCUCAAAGCCAGCUCGGCCCCUUCAGAGGAACAGCAGCCCCUACAGGACAGGGAGCAGAGCUACCUCCACCACCACCACCAUCCUCCUCCUCCUCUUCCUCCUCCUCCUCCCGAGGGUCCUCUGUUACCGGUGCAGAACCGCGAGAACGCCGUGGCCACCUGCGCUAACAACCUGCGCUACUUCGGGCCGGCCGCCGCGCUCCGCAGCCCUCAGACGGACCUGCUGCAGCGGAGGCUGUCCGGCUCCAGCCCCGACCUCAUCUCCACCGCCGUGGACGCCGACUCGCGCCACCGCAGGUCCUCCGUCCCUCCGUCCUCCGGCUCCGGGGCCUGCUGCCGGGAGCAUCCGUUCCCCGGCUGCCUGCACUGUCGGGAGACGCCGGCGGCUCCCAGCCACCCCGAGCUCCCGCACUACUCCCUGCUGAGCACGUGCGAAGAGACGCCGCCCGCCGCCAAGAGAGCCACGGAGCCCGCGGCCGAGGGAGAGCAGCCGGAGCGGAGACCCAGCGGCCUGCUGCACUCGCUCAGACCCCUGAGAACCGCGGGAGACGAGUCGUCUGAAGAAGAGGAAGGAGAGGUCGACAGCGAGGUGGAGUUUCCACGCAGACAGCGGCCUCAUCGCUGCAUGAGCAGCUUCCAGUCGUACUCCACCUUCAGCUCGGAGAACCUGUCGGUGUCUGACGGCGAGGAGGGAAACACCAGCGAUCACUCGCACAGCGGCCCGCUGGAGCAGCUCAGCGCCAGUCAGGAGGAGCAUCUGGACGAGCUGCUGUCCCACACGCCGGAGAUCCCCAUCGACAUCUCCACGCAGUCCGACGGCCUGUCCGACAAAGAGUGCGCCGUCCGCCGGGUCAAGACCCAGAUCUCCCUGGGAAAACUGUGUGCUGAUGAGCACAGCUACGAGAAUCCUCUGCAUUUCGGAGACUCCGACUGCGACACGUCGGACGCGGAAUGUUCCGACGCCACCAUCAGGAACAAACAGCCCUGCGCUCCUUCGUCCUGGUGAGCGCCGGCCUUCGGAGGAAACACGGCAAUAAUCCAACGCCUGAUCAGCCCUUCCCAUAAUCCACCUCUCUCUCUCUCUCUCUCUCUCUCUCUCUGAGCAUCUCAGGCAGACUCCUCUGAAGUGAUAAUGUAGCUAGAGUACCGCGCGUAAUUUAUUUUAUCACGAUCCGGAGGAAACGCGAAUCAGGAACUCAAAUAACGGCGACGACGGAGUGCUCGAGUUUCAACCAGUUAGUUAGUUAGUUAGUUAGUUAGCUAGUUAGAAGACGGCCGCGGUCUGCAAGAAUGUGUGUAUAUAUGUCCGUAGGAACGUGAGCGAAAGCGGUUAGGAUCGAGGAUCCAUUCCAUGACGGGUGUCCACCCGCUACUUCCUGAGUUUACAGAAACGACGCCCCCUUCCGGGGGAACUUUAUUUUUUUGAGCACCAGCAGGAACGAUGUCCGUCCUCGAUUUCUUUCGCCACCUUUUGUCGACGUGCGGAGGUAUCCCAGCAUGCCUGCUUGGCCGGCAUUUGAUCAGCCAAUCAGACCGCUGCUGCUAGCAAACAGGAAGUGGAAAGAGCGACUAGCGGAACAACGUCUGUAACGAUCAAAUCAGUGUUCGAGGCGAACCCCGGCGGCUUUUUCCCCCUCAUCUCAGGACUGUGUUUUGAAGAGACGCUCGAGACGCUUCGUUUCCAUCGUCUUUACGUCGACGUGAAAAAAUAUUACGACGCGCGCUGCUGGUCGAAAGAUUGCAAUGACGAAAAAACGUACAAAUGAGGCUCUUUUGCAUACCGAGGCGUUUGUUUGAUCCAAAAAUGCAGUAAAAUUUAUUUUAAUUUUUUUUACUAUUUCAAACGACCGUUUUCUAUACAGUAAAUUAGAAUUAGCCGAAUUUUUAGCCUUCGGAAAUCGUAAUGAUAUGCCGAUUUGCUGCUUGCAUUAUUAUUGGUGCUUAUUAUUAAUGAUGGUCGUAGUUGUUAUCGGUAUCGCAAACAGUUGAACGGCAUUUAUCUUUUCGUUCAGCCACUUUUGAUCACUUUAAUGCGUCCUUGCCGAAUAAAGUUAUUAAUUUAUGGUUUGCGCAGCUGUUUGCAACAUAAAUGAUGAUAUGUCUUGAGCAAAAAAAAACUAAGCAUAUUAGAGCGAUUUCCGAAGGAUCGUGUGGCACCGAAGACUGGAAAUUCAGCGGCGCUUCACGGAAAUAAAUGACAGCUUAUCGCACGUUGGCAUAGAAAACCGUUCAUUUAAAUUGUAAUAAUAUUUCACUAUUUGUGCCCUAUUUUCGAGCGAACGACUGCAGCCUUGUUUAGCGCAAGUGGAGAUCUCCAAAAACGUAAUUAUUCCAGUUCUCGAGUGUUCUGGAGAUGCAGUGUCCCCUGUAGAGUUGACCCAAAAAACUAACGUUGUUAUAAACCGGUUUGACUCCGGUUCUUCCCUGCGGCCUGUGUGAAUGCUCCAAAAAGGACCAUAAUAAGGACCAUAAAGGUAUCUAAGCAUUGCAUCUGCGUCUGUUUGCGUGCUUAAGCGCAGGGCGAAUGAGCAAUAACGCGGGCUCGGGCUGCUGAGGAUCAUUGGCUCAGGAUGACUGUCUAGCGGGCUGGACAGGCGCGAGGCGGAAAUAAAGCGCUUUGCAAAAGACCUCUAUUUUUGCAGACUUGAGUUCCUUAUUUUUACACGUCGCCUUUUUUUGAGUAAAAAAGUGGAGGAGCUCUCCCGCGCUGCUUGCUGGUUUAUGCUCAGGUUCAAUGCUUCAUCGAGUCUCCGCUGAGUAAAAAAAAAAAUGUUAGUGUUUUUUUUUUUGCACUGAAUUUAAACCGGAUUGAAUUGCGGUGCGAACGACGCGGUCUGUGCGUGGAUGCGUUUUUAUUCGUCGUUUCCUUACGAAAGGGACACUGCAUCGUCCGGCACGUCUGUGUUUAAUAGUUGCAUUCGUAUUUACCCUGUGUUUAGAUGUAGAUGUUAUAGCACUAGUUAAAAUGUCAUCGGUAAAUGCUGCCGGAUGCGUUCCUGAACCGGAGACGGCAUGUGAAAAAAAACAAACAAACAAAAAAAAACUGUGAAUGGUAUUAUUAUUAUUUUCCGAUGUCUUACUAAAAGAAGCCUUGCGCAUUAAACGCAUUAAAGCGGCAGUAUCGCGGAGUUUGCCGCGGCAAAUGAACAAAGCGAGGGCCACCGGAAACAAAGUUUAGGUCAACGCGAACACGCUUUGACUCCACAGCUGGAUAGAAAUCCAGUUACAGAAGCUAAACGGCUCGUGAGCCGCUUUUUUAUGCUGACUGCGAGGGGUAAAGCAAGCCGUUGUCGCUGUGGUUUGUCUCGUUUCCGUUCAGCGUGACGGUAACGCGCUAAAACCUCGCGCUCUCCGUUUAAGGUCAGGCCGGGGUUUUCAGUGAGUGACGUGUGACGUCUUUCCCGCCACGGCGCCACCCCGAAUCCUGUAAAUUGUGAUUUUAAUUUAAUUUAAUUUUAAAAAAAAAAAAAGUCUUUUCUUUGUUUUGUAGCUGGUCUACGCGAUCGUUAAUUUAUUCGGAAGCGCUAGCUGGUGAUUUCCGCGUCCCUUCGUCUCUUAAUCGUCUCUUAAUCGUCUCAUGUUGUCUUCAGAAGUAUUACUGACGAGGUGAUAAUUAAAGGAAUAAUUCUCUCAUAAACGGACGUUUGGUCAUUUUCUCAUGGAAGCCCAUUUUUGCCGUGGAAUAUAAAUAUUCAAAAAUAUUAAAAAAUAAUAGUUUUUUUUUCUUCUCAAAAUUCUGAGGAAAAAUUGCAUUUAAUUUUUUUUAUUUAUUUUUUUUUAAAUCUUUUUUUGUUUCCUCUUAAUUGCAAAUUUAUAUCUCGUUCGUAUCUUUGUUUCAUUUAAAAACGUAAUAUCUCGUAAUCGGAGGAAGUCCAAAUUUGUCGCGCGGCGGAAGCAAGCUUCCGGUUUUUCGUUUCUUCCUCCGUGGGCGAGAUACACGGACGUUUAUCGCGUCUGAACGAUAUUUGUCUCGCGUUUAAUCGUUGCAACGAAAGGACGCAAACAUGUUGUGGCUCUAAAGAUGAUUCAGGUGUCGAGCAUUCUUUGGCUGAACGCGUGAAGCGUACCGUUUCUCCUGCCAUUCUGUUUUUAACCAUUUUUAAUUGCUUUGUCGACUACUGCAUAUACAGGUAUUAAAAAAAAAUGAACUAUUUUUGUGCAAAAUAUCUUCAGCUCUGGGCUCAUUUUCCUUCUCCGGUUUGUUUCUUACUCAUUCAUGUCUUGGCCCUUUUCCUUCCUUAUCUUGAAUGGUGUUAUGAUCGACCAAUCCUGAUGAUUCCUGUAAUAUCCUGUGUACAGUGCGACAGGAGAGACUUGUAAAAUCAAGGCAGAGCGACUGCAUGGAAUAAACACUGAUGUACUGUACCGAA